ACUCAGAUGACGUGUUAGUUCCGGGUUCCUAGACCUCAGAGAAAAGGUAACUUUCGGUCAUUUCUGGUUUUCAGACGCGACUUGACCGAGUUUUCCGCCUCUCAAGCUGACUCAGCGGGGACAUUGGACCAAAUAUUUUUGUAAGACAGCUGCAUGACCCCUAGAAAAACAGCGUGAGGAGCUUUUUUUUCUUCCCCCAAAACAAGUGAACUCUGGUUAAAAAACAAGAACUUUCCCAACUGCUGCUGACUUCCCUUCUGCACAUCCAGAGACCAGCAUGGGCGCCCAGUUAGACUCUACACUCCAGUCUGUCGUCCUCCUUCCGGUCCACUUCCUGAUAUGGCUGUACUCCGUCCUCUCCUUCCUACCUUGGUAUUUCAUCACUGGAGCCGGCCAGAAGAAAUGCCAGUCCAAGCGAGUAAAGGCCUGCUCAACGUCAGGGAACCCAGAGGGUCCGUACCGUUCUGUGGACCACUUUGACUCCUUGGCCACAGAAGACUUCCCGGGCAUAGACACCCUGGAUAAGCUGUUCAGGCACGCUGUGCAGCGUUUCGGCCCGGAUCAUUGCCUCGGCACUCGGGAGAUAUUAAGUGAAGAGAAUGAGAUUCAGCCCAAUGGCAAAGUUUUUAAAAAGCUGAUCAUGGGGGAGUACACAUGGCUGUCCUAUGAUGAAGUGGACUCCAUAGUGAGUCGUUUUGGCAGCGGAUUGGCAGCUUUGGGGCAGCAGCCCAAAAGCACCAUCGCUAUCUUCUGUGAAACCAGAGCAGAGUGGAUGAUCACAGCUCAGGCGUGCUUCAGACGCAACUUCCCCCUGGUGACCUUCUACGCCACACUGGGAGAGGAGGCGAUUGCAUAUGGUCUGAACGAGACGGGAGUGACCCAUCUGGUCACCAGCGYCGAGCUGCUCGAGACCAAACUGAGAAAAGUGCUGCCGAUGAUCACCAAACUGAAGCACGUGAUCUACGUGGACCAGAAGAAAGUGAAUCCAGAAGGCUACCCAGCAGGCCUGUCCAUCCACAGCAUGCAGACCGUACAAGAGCUGGGCUCUCUGCCGGAGAACAUGGAAAGGCCGAUUGUGAAGCCCCAGCCCUCCGACUUGGCUGUGGUGAUGUACACCAGCGGUUCCACAGGCAGACCCAAAGGAGUCAUGAUCGUCCACAGUAACAUGAUUGCUGGGAUGACUGGGCAGUGCGAGCGCAUCCCUGAACUUGGGCCUAAAGACACGUACAUAGCCUAUCUGCCCCUAGCUCAUGUUCUGGAAAUGACAGCUGAAAUCUCUUGUGUGACAUACGGCUGCCGGAUCGGUUACUCCUCCCCUCAGACUCUUUCAGACCAGUCCACCAAAAUCAAAAAAGGAAGUAAAGGAGACUGCUCUGUCCUCAGACCCACCCUGAUGGCAGCUGUGCCAGAAAUUAUGGAUCGUAUCAACAAGAACGUGAUGAGCAAAGUGCAGGAAAUGGGCUUUGUUCAGAAGACGCUCUUCAUUCUGGGCUACAAAUACAAACUGGAGCAGGUCAAAAGAGGCUAUGACGCACCUCUCUGCAAUUUCUUGUUGUUCAGGAAAGUAAAGAAACUCCUGGGCGGGCAGGUGCGCAUGAUGUUAUCUGGUGGAGCCCCGCUGUCCUCRGCCACGCAGAGGUUCAUGAACGUGUGUUUCUGUUGUCCCGUCGGUCAGGGCUACGGUCUCACAGAAACCUGUGGAGCUGGCACCAUCACUGAAGUUGCAGACUUCAGCACGGGUCGUGUUGGAGCUCCUCUGAUUUGCUGCGAGGUCCGACUCAGGGACUGGGCUGAGGGGGGCUACACCUGCGAGGACGAGCCRAACCCAAGAGGGGAGAUCCUGAUCGGCGGCCCCAACGUAACCAUGGGUUACUACAGACACGAAGGCAACGAUCAGGACUUUUUUGUGGAUGAGAAAGGUCAGAGGUGGUUCUGCACCGGAGAUAUCGGGGAAGUCUACCCAGACGGCUGUCUACAAAUCAUAGAUCGUAAAAAAGACCUGGUGAAGCUGCAGGCCGGGGAGUACGURUCCCUCGGUAAAGUCGAGUCAGCUCUGAAAAGCUGCAGCCUCAUAGACAACAUCUGCGCAUACGCCAACAGCGAUCAGAACUAUGUGAUCAGCUUUGUGGUUCCCAACCAGAAGAAGUUGACCGAACUGGCCAAGCAGAAAGGCAUCARUGGGAAAUGGGAGGACCUCUGCAAUCAUCCCGAGAUGGAAAAGGAGGUUCUGGGGGAGAUUAAAGAUGUCGCUGCUAAAAUUAAACUCCAGCGGUCUGAGAUUCCAGUUAAAGUCCACCUGAGUUCAGAGCCGUGGACACCGGAGACGGGUCUGGUUACGGACGCAUUCAAGCUGAAGAGGAAAGAGCUGAAGAACCACUAUCUGUCUGACAUCGAGCGAAUGUAUGGAGGGAAAUAAGCAGGUUUUUAUCUGUAACAUCACUAAAAUAAAAAAAAAAAGAAAAUCACCAUUUCCUUCUGUAAAUAGUUUGACAAAAUUCACAAAUGGGAACUAGCCUGGAGCUUUGGUUCGUUUUAGAUUUCCAGUGUAGAUCCACAAACAGCCAAAAGAUGUUAGAAAACAUGUGCAUCAGCAGACUACUGUUCGACAUAAACCCUGCUCACCAGUUCUUAGUGAAACAAUUUUAGAUUCAACUUUUUCACACACAAAGACCCACUACAUUAGUUGUUGCCAAAGUGCCUGAAACGGCUCUCCUCUUGUACACAUGUGUAAUAAACCAACUUUUUCUUAGAUUAACUGUCGUGACUGGUCCUGGUAAGGUCAUGUGGAAAUCCUUUUCACUUUUUUUUAUUAAUGGGAAGACCAGACACAUUCAUCCAGAGCAAAGAGGGGCAUGAUGAGCUCUAGGAGUGUUCUGGUGUCUGAGCCAGUAAAGGAGAAUAACUCUGGUACCCAGCUGCAGGCUUUUUAGACGACAACGUCUUAAAGACAAAAAGUUAAAGCUGUAGAUAGUUGUAGCUGUUGAUCCAUUUGUGCUGCUUUUUGUUCAUCUGUAGAAUUAUUAUUAUUAUUUUCUGAUUGUUUUAGAACUGCACUGAAGUGAUGAAGUAGUAUUUUUUUUUUAAAGAAAAAGGGGUCCAAAACUUUCACAGCACUCAACUGCCAUCUAAUCAAAUCUGUCGACGUGUCGCAGAUUAAAACACGCCACUGUGGUCCAAAUACUGGAGAAGCUGGAGGACUGAUGUUACUGUGCCUUCAGUCUGCAGUAGUUGUGUAGUUGGAGCCAACAAGUUUGAUAAACUGCCACGUUAAGGUUUGCAAGAGUUUUAAAGAAGUUUAUGUCCACAGACACUGAUCAUUGGUUUCAAAAGCGAUGUCCGUUUUAACCCAUUUUUCUCCUUUUGUUGAAUCAGAUGUUUUGUAGGUGCUUUUGUUAAUUUAUUGUUUUGUUUUGUAAGACCAAAAUAUGUUAAACGACUCAGGAAGAUAAGGAAAAUAUGGAAAUGUCCAAGAAGAAAAGAUUGGGGGGGGGGGGAUUUUUCUGUAUAGGAACACGUAGUUCUUGUGGGCACCUUUUUUAUUUAUUUAAGAGCAGGCACGCUUAGCUGCUAGACUUCUUCAAAGUACUAGUUACAACUGAGAUACUGUAAUACUGCGUGUAUUUUGCAUCAGUUAGCAGUUUUAAUGUAAAGAGUUGGUAUAAAUAUCUGGCCUUGUGUCAGUUCAAUGUUUUCAUCGUAGGAGUGUUUUUCUAUGAAGUUUUUUUUCCAAGUACUGUUUCGAUGGAUUUCACGGUUUUAAUUUAAAAUCAUUUUGGACACUUUUUGUUUUGUGAACCUGUUUGCAGUUAUUGCUCCCAUCAUUGCGACCACAUGCCUUGUUGAUCAUUUCAGAAAUAAAUGUUUUUCAUAUUUAUUGAA